AUGGCUCAAAAUAGUACUCUGUUCACGGCCAUCUCUUUGCUUGUUUUCUCUAUCUUUUCUCAUUGUCAAGCCCUAACUUUGGAAGCUCUUUGUGAAUCCACUCCUCACCCGCCCGUCUGUAAAUCCGUUCUACCAGUCGGGCCACCCGGUUCAGUUUCAGGAUUUGCCAGUAUUGUCAUCAUAAAGUCUCUAGAAGCUUCUAAACACCUUCUGGCCUCCUUCGACCAGCAUCAUCCCACAACAGGACCCCUUGAUGAUUGCCAAUUACUAGCCGGUCUGACCGUUGACCAGCUCACACGUGUGAACGUCAUCAAGGAGACCGUUCUUGGAACCUCCGAGGUCAACGAUCUCCUCACGUUGCUUAGCGCCGCUAUUACCAACUACGAGACGUGCCUAGGCUCGUUUCAUGAUGCUACCGGAGAGUCAUCCGAGAAUUUUGUUAAGGACCACCAUGAUAUCCUCACACGUGUUUCGGACGGAAUAAAGCUGAUUAGCGUUUCUCUUGCCUUGUCCAAGGAGGCUUGGCCGAUAGCAUCUGAUGCUUCAGUGACAAAGCCACCACCGAGGAUUCUUACGGAGGAUGAGAAAAAGUCUUCGUCGCCAGAAGUUUCGUAUGUGAAGGUGACGAAACCUGUUUCUGGAAGAGGAUUCAUAGCAAGGGACAUAACUUUCAGAAACACGGCCGGGCCACAUAACCGUCAAGCUGUUGCAUUAAGGGUCGAUUCCGACCAAUCCGCCUUCUUCCGAUGUAGCAUGGAAGGUUACCAAGACACUCUCUACGCCCAUUCCCUCCGUCAAUUCUACAGAGAAUGUGAAAUUUAUGGUACAAUCGAUUUCAUAUUUGGAAACGGCGCCGCGGUACUACAGAACUGUAAAAUAUAUACCAGGGUUCCAUUACAGCUCCAGAAGGUAACUAUAACCGCACAAGGGAGAAAAAGCCCUAACCAGAACACAGGGUUUGUGAUCAUGAACAGUUACGUGUUAGCCACACAGCCUACUUAUCUUGGCCGGCCGUGGAAACUUUACUCAAGAACGGUUUACAUGAACACUUAUAUGAGCCAGCUGGUCCAGCCCAGAGGCUGGCUUGAGUGGUUUGGUAACUUUGCUUUGGAUACUUUGUGGUAUGGCGAAUAUAAUAAUAUUGGGCCGGGUUGGCGGGCAUCUGGUCGGGUUAAAUGGCCCGGUUAUCAUAUUAUGGACAAACGGACUGCGAUGUCCUUCACCGUUGGAUCGUUCAUUGACGGUCGGAGGUGGCUUCCGGCAACAGGUGUCACGUUCACGGCUGGCCUAGCUAAUUAAUUAAAAUAAAACUUUAGUAUGUUUUUAUGACUAUGCUACUAUUUUUCAUACGCUGUUUAUCAUCCAUUUAAGCCCUGGUUCUAGCUGAUCAUAUCACGAAUAUAUAGUUUCUGCUAUGUGUAUGUUUUUAUUAAUAGCCUGUCUGAUUAUACAAUUAUGUAAAGCACCCUUUAAUU